AUGGUCAAGCCCACCAACAUCCAUGUUGUGUUGCAUCUUGCCGUGCCUAAUGGCUGGUCUAUUCGUCAAUUGGAUGUCAACAAUGCCUUUCUUCAUGACACAAUCAGUGACACUGUUUAUAUGUCACAACCCCCGGGUUUUGUUGAUGCCAACCUACCAUCUCAUUUCAUUGCCACAUUGGCUUAUCGGUUCUCUAUCAAAUACUUGGGGUUUCUUCAUUACUUCCUUGGUGUUGAGGUUGUUCCCACCACGACUGGUCUCUUUCUCUCCCAACACUAUUACAUUCGUGAUCUCCUGCUCAAAGCAAAAAUGGACAGUGCUAAGGAGGUCAGCACUCCAUUAUCUCCUUAUGAUAGUCUUGUGCUCAAUGAUGGCUCUCCGCCUACUGAUGCUUCUCGAUUUCGUCAAAUCAUUGGUGGUGGUCUUCAACAUCUCAACCUCACACGCCCUGACAUAUCCUUUGCCUUUGUCCGGGAUCGUGUCAAUAUUGGUCUUCUUAAAGUUUCUCAUGUUUCUACAGUUGACCAGCUUGCCGACGCCCUCACCAAACCACUUCCACGUCUGCAUUUUGAUCUUCUCCGGUCCAAGAUCGGUGUCUCCGAUGGGACCACCAUCUUGCGGGGGCUUAAAAGGGAACCUUCAUCAAAGGAAAUCACCUCAUCAUCAACGCAAUCAUCUGCAAUCUUUCACCAAAGUCAACCUUGA